AUGGCGUCUCAGCAACAGGAGGUCAACAAGCUGGUGGCCACGAUCCAGGUUCUCAAAAACAGGGAUCUGAUCUUCAUCUGCCAGAGCAAUGGCCUGGCCAAGUCGGGCAACAAGGCCGACCUCCAUAAGCGGAUCAUCAACUAUAUCGAUGCAUCCGUUCACGACCCGAACCAGCGAAACUAUAACAACAUCCGGAACAGUAUUAUGCAGGUGACAAAUGGCACUCUUCCGGGCAACUACCGCGGCUCCUAUCUGGGCAACUCCCCGAUCCCCUCCUCACCCUCUUACAACCAGGCCGGCAUGUCCUCGCCGUAUAACGGCACUGGCGGGGCACAAAACGGUCUCGGGCACAACGGUGCACGGGCAGUCUUCUCACACCAAGGGCUCCAGUUCAAGCCGAGUCCCUUUUACGAGAUCGAAGCACCAAUUGGAGACGUCCGACAAUGCGAGGCUAUGGCACAACACCGGAAUAGCAUCACCAUUGUCGUCCGCGCCUCCCAACAUCCCGACCUCCAGCGGUGUCUUACCGAUCCGGCCAUCCGCGUCAUGAUUUUUUGUGCGGCGAACAACUACGGCAUCCAAGAUGUGGCUUUCCCCUAUCAGUGCGAAAUCAAGGUGAACGGCGGCGAGGUCAAGGCCAACUUGCGGGGCUUGAAGAACAAGCCCGGUUCGACGCGGCCCGUGGAUAUCACAGACCAGCUCCGCCAGAAGCCGCCAACCUACGGAAACAGCUUAGAGUUCACCUACGCACUGACAUCCAAGCUACAAGAACAGGGCCCGCAGUGGCUCUGCCCUGUGUGCAGUAAUGCGGCACCCUACGAUGCGCUGGCUGUGGACGAAUAUGUCAAGGACAUUCUAGAAAAUACGCCCAGUGACCUCGACCAGGUCACCAUCGACCCAGACGGCACAUGGCACACUGGCAAGGACAAGGACCAGGACCGAGCAGGUGGUGUCUCCACUCCACCACGAUCCAGUGCCGCAGUCGCAUCGGUUGCCACGCUGCUCGACGACGAGUUUGAGAUUUUGUCGACCCCUGUCCCGCGAAGGAGCAAUGGCUACUCGAACGGCGACGGCGGCAGCCAGCCGAACAGCAAUGGCGGUAGCACCGUCGUUGGCAGUGGCCACGGCAACGGCAACGGCCACGAUAUGUCGAGCAGCAACCCCACGCUGAUCAAUAGCCGUGACACCACGGCGACGCCUAACAGGAGUACCGUGACGCCCAACGGCGGCGGCGGCCUCAACUCCAACAACAAACGCCCACGCGAGGUUAUUGACCUGACGCUGGACAGUGACGAGGAUGACGAGCCUCUACCACGCCGGUUUAAGCGACAAAACACGGGCACUGGCACGGGCUAUGGCGGGUCUGGUUCGUCUGCGGCACUGUAUGACGGUGUAAUGGGAAACGCCCAAUUCUAG